AUGUAUUCCGGCCGGCCCGAGGGUCAGUUGGUCGAGGCAACCAACGCCCUCUUCGCAACCGCAACUCGAUCGGAGACGACUUGCUCUGACCUCAAGCACCGACGGUACCAGUUUCCCAAUUCAAUCUGUAAUAGUGACCUUUGGCCAAACUACGCAGCUGAUAUCGACAACUUGGUUGCCUCUUCUCGGCCAACAGGUGUGUCUAUCCAACCCGAGACUGGCGCCCUGUACUUCUCUCCUCCUCCUCCUCCUCUUUCUCCUCUUCAGUCCUCGAAGGGGCAAGCCGAACCACCUGUUCGUCCUGCUCUGGCAGAGAUUUACUGGGAACCGGAAUGCAUCUCUCGGUUUGCGAAUAAACACAGAAAACCGGUUCUCCCACCGGGAUCAUGA